CGUUUGAAUUCAGCGACGAUGACAGAAGCGAAGAGGCGUCGGGCCGCUUUUUCAUUUCGCGAUGCCGCUGGAAGCCGGGCCGGCUCGCCUGGUCCGCUCGGCCCAGAAGGACGAGCUCUACCGGGGAGCGCUGAAAAGCAGGGCCGGCGCCGUCUUGUCCGGCCUGGCGGGUGCUAAAAUUUGGCUGGGAUGGCAGAAAGAGAUCGAACUCCUCGCCGACGUCGCCUAUUUCACCCUUACUACCCUUUCAGGAUAUCAAACCCUUGGUGAAGAAUACGUCAAUGUCAUCCAAGUCGACCCAUCCAAGAGGAAGGUCCCUUCGUUGAGACGCCGGGCCGUUUUGGUCGCUCUGCACACUGUCUUGCCUUACUUGUUAGACAAGGGACUGUCCCUGUUGGAGCAGGAGCUCGAGGCGGCCUCCAGCGGGUUACAGAUUCUGCACAGCCGGAAUCUGAGCGUGUUCCAUAGUCGGGCGCUCCUCCGAAGCUGGUUGCAGAAACGAGCCAGGCGAUUAACCGAGGGGCAGAGAACGUUCCUCGCUCGGGCGGUUCAUAUCGUCAAGCAAAGCAUCCCAUUGCUGCAGAGGUUGCAUUUAGCUGUCUUUUACAUGAAGGGCAUCUUCUACCAUUUCUCUAAAAGGACAACAGGGAUCACCUAUUUACGCUCUGUGGGUUCCACCGAAGACGACCGAAGCAUUCGAUCAAGUUACAGGCUGCUUGGAAUCGUUUCAUUCCUGCACCUGGGGCUGACCCUUGGCAUCUACGUGUACAACCUCCAACAUCGGCAGAGGGCACAAAAAGAGUGGAAGCUACACCGUAACCUCUCCCAUCAGAUAAGCCAACCCGAAGAGAAGAUCCUUAGCCGCAAUUCGCGUUGCUCGCUGUGCUUAGAAGAACGCCGACAUGCCACAGCCACACCGUGUGGGCACCUCUUCUGCUGGGAGUGCAUCACUGCGUGGUGUCACACCAAGGCUGAGUGUCCUCUGUGUAGAGAGAAAUUUCAUUCCCAGAAGUUGAUUUAUCUUCGACACUUCCGGUGAAUGGGUGCAAACUGCGAAGAGACAACGGAAAUGCAAGCUUUGAACGUGUAAUGAGAUUUUUAUUUUGAUAAAUAAAUUGCCGUGAUCAAAUGGAAAGUCAAAACAUUCUGACUUUCACUGCCUCUACAAGAAGAUGCAAAUCUGUAUCGGUUUAAAACAAACUGCUGCUUGUCCACUUUUAUCUAAGAGGUUAUGAGGUCAGGAAGGAGGGUCAUCUCAAAAGCAGUUUGAAGUUCUAAAGACUUUUACCCAUCCUAGUGAAUUUUGAAUUCUGCAGUUUUCUUUUUAAGCAUACCUUUGGCAUUAAUAGCAAUCUCUCCCCCCCCCCGCUUCCCAACUUACCUGACACACAACUGCAUCACCCCACUUAUGGCGGACCUGGUUUUUUAAAAUGCUCCAGAAGGAUUUAGUUAUUGUUAAUUUAGUCAAUAACUAGAUUAUAACUAAUCUAGUUCUUGUGGGAUGCCGGGCUUGUAAAACAGGUUAUACGGUGCUUUGGAUUCAAUUCUAUUCAAGACUUGGCUGGUUUCAAAAUCCAGCCAAGCCUUCCAUCAGCACCUCUGAAGCACCUCUUAAAGUGUCUCUUGGCAAACCUCAAAUAGCAGAUUCAACAAGUGGUAACGAAGUUUACACGUCCAUCCGUCUUUUUUUUUGUAUUACCAACUUUUUUAAUGCACUUUAAAGCUGGGUGGAGCUUGAGAGGGAAAUGCAAGUAUUAAGAGAGUGCAGCUUUCUAGAUACUUGUGAUAUCCUGCCCUGCACUCUUAAGGAGCUACCUUGAACAUUCAGAAAUGGCUGGAAGGCCACACCUGAUGUUGCAACACAGCCAAGCCCAAUAGAAAAACCCCACAACCUUGGUGAAUUACGCUCGAAUGUGCUGAGCAUAUACCCAUAUCAUCAACCUAAGAUCCAUUGUGUGUUUGUCUGGUUUCAAUAGUCUUUUCUUCCAAAAGCUUUUCAAGAUCCUACUUUUAAAUGGGGGAGGGGGGCAAUGGCACUUAGUCCCUUGUCAUCAAGCUGGAA